AAAUUGAGAAGUCAUUUAUUCUCAUUCUGACCAGACUCUGCUACCCUUUUGUAGAAGCAACAAAUAGCUCUUACACACCAUUAACUACUGAAAAGCCUUUCUCACUAUGUUAGAGGCCAAAAACAAAUUUAUUGAUAAGCAGUAUUUUGGGAUCAGCAUCCUCAUCAGUAGUAGUAUGUUCAUCUUCAGAAAAAGAUCAUGAAGAAUCUUGAUUUCCAACAGAAUCUUAUAUACCAAGAAACUCAAGAACAUCUACACCCUCAGCUUUUUCAAAUUAACCAAGAUUAUUCGGUUCUUCCCUCGAAUUCUGAAGUGGUGGCAAGCAGAGAAUCUUCACAAAAUGUGAAGUCAAGAGAAAGAACAAGAAUGAAGGGUUCCGUGGGAGAAAUCGUUCAGGUUCAAGGCGGUCACAUUGUUCGUUCUAUCGGGCGAAAAGAUCGACAUAGUAAGGUUUGUACUGCGAAAGGUCCGAGAGAUCGAAGGGUUCGGUUGUCUGCUCAUACUGCUAUAGAAUUCUAUGAUGUUCAAGACAGGCUUGGUUAUGAUAGGCCCAGUAAAGCUGUUGAUUGGCUUAUGCAGAAGGCGAAAUCCGCCAUCGACAAGCUUGCCGAGCUUCCACCUUGGAAUCCGACUGAGCCCAUGGAGACGGACCGGGAUGGUGUGUCUAGCGAAAAGCAGCCUGUUGGUGAGCAAUCAGAAUGCUCUGGCUAUAGUGUGAUGGAUCCUGGUACGAUUCGCGAUACGAUGAAAUCUUUAUUCCCGACGAGCUCGACAAACACGUCGAUGAACUUCCCGAGUUAUCCGUCCGAAAUAAUGUCGAGAAACGAAGAUCUUGGGCUAUCACUUCACUCUUUUCAAUACCAAACACCUUCAAAUGAACUUGCGGGUGCAGGGUCAGCUCAAGUUGAGUAUGAGACCAAUAAUCAAAUUGGUUGGGGCAAUAACACAAACACAUUGAGUGCUACACGUGACGAUGGUUUCUCAUUCAAUCCAUUACCAAUGCCUUUAAUGCUAACCCAAGAUUCAGAAUAUUCUCAGAGGGGAUCCCUUCAGUCCAAUUUUCCGCAAUAUAUUCGUGCAUGGAAUAAUGGUAAUCAUCAUCUUCCAAUGGAAUCUCACCAUCCUCAUCAGCCGUUCAUUUUCGGAAGCCGGUUCGCGCCCGAAGGAUUCGCAGGGUUUAACAUUCCGGCGAGAAUUCACGGAGAUGAUGAGCAAAGUCAUCUUGGUUCCAUUAGGCCAUCUUCUUCUUCAACAAAUUCUCAGCAUUGAUUGAUGAACUCAAUUGCUUGCUUAUUAAGGUUCAAGGUACUUAAUUAUUAUCUGAUUAAGGUUAACAUUUUAAUUAUUCUAUGAACUCAAUUUCUUAUGAAAUGUUUAUGUUUAAUGGAUUAUUAUGCACUUCUUUUGUAUUGAGCAAAUUUGUUGAUCAAGCCGGCUCCUUUUGUUUAUGCUUGACGGAGUCUGCCUUCUCAACGUGUUAACCUGCAAAACAGAUGAUGUUGAUCGGACCGUGGUUGUCCGAUAAGCAUUCCGAUGCUUAAUCAAUGCUUUUAUAUAAUAUUUGACUGUAUGUUAGUUCA